AGAAGGAGGAAAAAAAAUUAAUGUAAAAAAAAAUUUAUCGUUUCGUGAGCGCUGUGUGCUUCUCUGCAGUCUGUGCGUUUGUUGCACGCACACUUAUCGCAUGCAAUCUCGCCUCACCACUGACAACCACCACCACCCAUGAGUGCUGCUGCUGCGCUUUGGCGCUUGUUGCCCUCGGCGGCGCACGCUUCCCGAAGCUCGUCGCGCGUCGUGUUUGCACAGGCACACAGCAAGCGCUAUGCUUCCUCCGAUGCCAAGCCGUUUGACAAGAUUCUCAUUGCCAACCGUGGCGAGAUUGCCUGCCGCGUGAUCCGCUCGUGCAAGAAGCUCGGCAUCAGCACCGUUGCUGUGCACAGCGACGUGGACGCCGAAGCGAUGCACGUGCGCAUGGCUGACGAGAAGUUCCUGCUUGGGCCUGCUCCCUCUGCGGAGAGCUAUCUUCGCGAGGACCGCAUCAUCGAGGCCAUCCAGCUCACCGGCGCGCAGGCUGUCCACCCCGGCUAUGGUUUCCUCUCCGAGAACAAGCACUUUGCCAUGCGGCUGCAGGAGCUUGGUGUUGCGUUCAUUGGCCCCAACGCCCACGCCAUCGAGAUUAUGGGUGACAAGAUUGAGAGCAAGAUCUGCGCUGAGAACGCUGGCGUCAACAUCAUCCCCGGUUACUCCGGCGUCGUCAACGAUGCGGACCAUGCUGUUGAGAUUGCGAACCAGAUUGGCUACCCCGUGAUGAUCAAGGCCUCCGCUGGUGGUGGUGGCAAGGGCAUGCGUGUUGCUUGGAACGACAAGGAGACGCGCGAGGGCUUCAGGAUGUCUUCCCAGGAGGCAAAGGCGAGCUUUGGCGACGACCGCCUGCUCAUUGAGAAGUUCAUCGACGAGCCCCGCCACAUCGAGAUCCAGGUGCUGGCAGAUACGCAUGGCAACACGGUCUACCUCAACGAGCGCGAGUGCUCCAUCCAGCGCCGCAACCAGAAGGUGAUUGAGGAGGCUCCCAGCACGUUCCUUGACGAGGCAACGCGCAAGGCCAUGGGCGAGCAGGCGUGUGCACUCGCUCGCGCCGUCGACUACGUCUCUGCAGGCACGGUUGAGUUCCUUGUUGACUCGCAGCGCAACUUCUACUUCUGCGAGAUGAACACGCGGCUGCAGGUGGAGCACCCGGUCACGGAGAUGAUCACCGGUGUUGACCUCGUCGAGGAGAUGAUCCACAUUGCUGCAGGCAAGCCCAUGAGCGUGACGCAGGACGACAUUGGCAUCAACGGGUGGGCGAUUGAGUCGCGUGUGUACGCCGAGGACCCGGCCAAGUACCUCCCCUCCACAGGUCUCCUCACCCAUUACAGGGAGCCAGAGACGGGCAACGGUGUCCGCGUUGACUCUGGCGUGUUCGAGGGCGGUGAGAUCAGCAUGUUCUACGAUCCUAUGAUCUGCAAGCUCAUCACUCACGGCAAGGACCGCACGGAGGCGCUUAAGUUGAUGAACAACGCCCUCGACAGCUACGUCAUUCGUGGUGUGAAGCACAACAUCCCGCUGCUGCGCGAGCUGUAUGCGCACCCACGCUUCAUCGCUGGCGACACGACGACCAAGUUCCUUGAGGAGGAGUACCCCAAUGGCUUCACCGGCCACACGCUGACGGCAAAGGAGACGGAGCAGGUGCUCGCUGCAGUGACCGAGGUGUACUACCGCCAGAUGCUGUACAAGCAGCGCAUCUACAACGUGUCCAACCUCCCCGAGACACUCUUCUACUCGGAGGACCUUGUCAUCAGCAUCAACGGCACCACCCACCGCGUGCUCGGCCACCUGUUUGAGGAUGCACUCAAGCUUGAGCACGAGGGCGAGGAGAUUUACAUGGAUGCGAUUGACUGGCGCAUGGGCGACCCUGUCUUCCGCGCAGCCGUGGACGGCAAUGCGGUCACGCUGCAGGUCGAGCCAAAGGGCCCGGGCAAGUACACCAUCAUCCACCACGGUACCCCGUACGACGUCCAAGUCCGCACUGAGGUUGAGGAGCAGAGCUUCAAGAUCUUCCCCGAGAAGCCCAAGAAGAACCUCGACGACAUGAUUCUCACCCCGAUGCCAGGCACACUCGUCUCUCUCAACGUGAAGGAGGGCGACACGGUUGUUGAGGGCCAGGAGGUUGCUGUUGUGGAGGCGAUGAAGAUGCAGAACCAGCUGCGCGCCCCUCGUGCCGGCAAGAUUGCCAAGAUCCACUUCAAGACUGGGGACACGCUGGAUGAUGAGGAGGUGAUCAUUGAGUUUGAGCCCGAGGACACGCCUGAGGACACCAAGGCCGAGUGAUGUCCCACACCCACUCGCGCUCGGCGCAUGCAACCAACCCUUCGCACGACACAGCCCUGUAUCCGACACCCAAGUCCUCACAAACAUUGAAUGGCGUGUUUGCACAGCCAUCUUGGCCUUGGUUGAUCAUUCUGAUUGCUUGCUCGCUGAUGUCAGUUUGCAUUUGAUCACUUGUUUGGUUGUUGUGUGCAGCUGCAGUUGUCAGAGUGUCGGGUGGUGUUUGUUUGUGCGUUUGUGCCUUUUUUUUUGUUUGCCGCAUUCACGUCGUUUACUCUCAGUUGGAUUACAACCAGCACAGAAGAACAGCGUCAAAUCAACUCAUGCACGUUGUGGCAGUGAGCGAAAUGUAUAAGGGCAAUCACAGAC